AUGUCCUCUUAUCUGAACGCCGGUGGCGCGAAUGACAUGGCUUUCAACCUUUUUCCAGUGCAAGCCGGCUCCCGGCAAAUCUCUGCCGUUGCGCAGACGAUCAGUCUGUCGUUCUCCCAUGACCCCUUGAUACGGUGGCUGCGGCCCCAUGCGCCCCCAUGGACACGUUUCCAACCAGAUACGUAUCGGUGGCAGUAUCGUCGAGUGCAGCGGGCCAUACUAGAUGGAAUUGUCUUUCGAUCGUUGUCUGUCACGCAACUAGCAGAGUUAGUUCCACUACGAGAUCAGAAGCCGAAGCAGCCGGAGACAGUCUCGGAACACAUUACAGAGGAAGGUACAGAUGCAGGAGCCGCUGUGUUACUUGUACCUCCGAAGGAAUUGUUACAUUGGACGACCACCCGUGUCCUAUACGCUAUCAAGUUGUGGAUUUUGGAUACGUUGUCUCCUGUUCCUGAUAAUGGUGGCGAUGAGAAGCGACUCGAGCAAAUGCUGCGCUCACAUAAUCGGGCGUUAGAUAACGUCAGAAAAAAGUAUCAAAUCGAUAAUCUUUGGUAUCUAGAGGUGGUGGCUGUGCAUCCUUCACUCCAGGGGCGAGGUCUGGGAAGCAGAGUGAUGAACUGGGUGAAGGAAUAUACAGAUAAUCAGCCCAUCGUGCUUGAGUGCACCGCGGAACGGAACGUCAAGUUCUAUGAGAGUCUAGGAUUCAGGGUAGUCGAGGAGAUAGAGCUGGCUGACAACGGCGAGACAGUCAGAUACUGGGUGAUGUUGAAGCAAGAGACAUCCGGGUGA